AUGUUCUCGUGGCCAGUGAAACUGAGGAGCAGCACGCCCAACACCUCCGCCAGGUUUUCGCACGAUUACAACAGCAUGGCAUCGUCAUCAACGCCCAGAAGUGCGAAUUCGGCAAGCUUUCACUGGAGUUCCUCAGGCAUCAGAUCUCCGCUGACGGAAUAUUACCCCUUCCCCAAAAAGUUCGAGAGCCAUCUCUUCGCAGCUUUCCUGCGCCUUCUCGGGACCGAGCGCAUUCGCACUUCCGCCUACCACCCGGCGUGCAACGGCCUGGUGGAGCGUUUCCAUCGUCACCUCAAGCAAGCCAUUAUGGCCCACGGUCGCCGUGCGAGCUGGUUGGAUCACCUCCCGUUCAUCCUAUUGGGCAUCCGCGCGGCAGUUAAAGUUGAUCCUGGCUGUUCGUCGGCGCAGCUGGUGUAUGGAACCCCGCUCCGCCUGCCCUCCGACGUCUUUGUACCUUCAUCCGUCCCCUACACGGAUCAGCCUGCUUACCUCGCCCGCCUCAGACACGCUUUUGCUACGCUUCAGUUCACUCCGACCCGAGCGGUAGCAUCAUCACCUCCCUUCGUCCCGUCGGAAUUGGACACAACGUCCCAAUUGUCCCCCAAGACCAACGUCCCACAACGUCCCCCAAGACUUUUGUCAUCGAUGUCCACGGCCAGCCUCAAUCCGUCUCCAUCGACAGGCUAA